CUGCCCUGGAGCACGGGAUACGCGGAGGUGAUAAAUGCAGGGAAGAGCCAGCACAAUGAGGACCAGGCAUGCUGUGAGGUGGUGUUUGUGGAGCAGAGGCCCAGCCCAAGGGGCCGGCUGCCAUCCAGGGAAGGCAGCGGGGAGCUGGAUGGGGUGAGAGCUGUGGUGGUUCACAACAGGGAAGAUGCCCAGCAGCAGGGUUUUUAUUUCCACUACUGGGCCUUGUUCGAUGGUCAUGCGGGCAGCGGUGCUGCUGUCAUGGCAUCCCAGAGGCUCCACCUGCACAUCUGUGAGCAGCUCCGGGACCUCGUGGAGAUCCUGCAGGACCCCUCCCCACCUCCCGUCUGCCUCCCGCACGGCACAAAGACCGGUCCUGCAGAUCCAAACCACGUGGCCUACACGGAGGACUGUGGGGAGCUGCCAAACGAUGCUGCGCCACGGUUUCACCUGGAGAAGGCAGUGUCCCACGAGAGCCUGGUGAUCGGUGCCAUUGAGAAUGCCUUUAAGCACAUGGACGACCAGAUCGAGCGGGAGCGGGCAUCCCAGCACCUGGCCGGGGGGUGCUGUGCCCUCGCUGCCAUCUACCUCAUGGGCAAGUUCUACGUGGCCAACGCUGGUGACAGCAGGGCCAUUAUCAUCCGUAAUGGGGAAAUCAUUCCAAUGUCCAGGGAGUUUACUCCAGAGACAGAAAGGCAGAGGCUGCAGUUUUUAGCAUUGCUAAGGCCCGAGCUGCUGGGGAAGGAGUUCACCCACCUGGAGUUCCCCCGCAGGAUCCAGCCCAAGGAGCUGGGGAAGAAGAUGCUCUACAGGGACCAGAACAUGAAUGGCUGGGCUUACAAAAAGAUAGAAGAAGAUGACCUGAAGUUCCCACUUAUCUUUGGGGAAGGCAAAAAGGCUCGGAUGAUGGCCACAAUUGGGGUCACGAGAGGCCUGGGAGACCACGACCUCAAGGUGUUCAGCUCCAACAUCCACAUCAAGCCUUUCCUGUCCUGCUUCCCAGAGGUCAGGGUUUAUGACCUCACGCAGUAUGAGCACUGCCCUGAUGAUGUUCUGGUGCUGGGCACUGAUGGGCUCUGGGAUGUCACCAAUGACAAGGAGGUGGCUGGUGUGGUGAUGGAGGUGCUGACGAGCUAUGAGCCCAACGACCCGUGCAGGUACACCAUGGUGGCCCAGGAGCUGGUGGUGCGGUCACGAGGGGUGCUGAAGGAGCGGGGCUGGCGGCUGGCCAACGACAGACUGGGCUCUGGUGAUGACAUCUCUGUUUUUGUAAUCCCCCUGGGUGGUCCUGGCAACUACACGUGA